AUGACAAAGCAAAGCAAUAAUGAAGUUAAUACUAGUGAUAAUGGUGUCGAGGAAGAUGGAUCUCCUAUGUCUUUAAACAAAGAAGGCAGCCAAUCCAUGAACAAUCAAAGUAAGAGGAAAAGAGAUGCAGGCUCAAGUGAUGAAGAGAAGAUUGUGACAGUAUUGGAGAAACUAUUUGAAGCAUCUGGAAAAAGGAUACAAAUGGUGACUGAGGCUAUGAUAAAAGGUAAUGAAAAUCGAUUUGAUAUUGCCAAAGAACUCAAGAAAAUGGGAUCUUCUCCUUUAGAUCAAAUUGCAGCACUAAAACUCAUUUUGAAGAAGCCACAAAAUAUAUCUAUGUUCAUGUCUUUGGAUGAUGAUAUCAAGAAAGUGUUUGUUGAGCAGUUGCUUAUUGACAAUGCUUGA